AGCUAUAGAGAGAGAGAGAGAGAGUAAUAGAGAGAGGACAAGCAGAGAAGCAAAGCCAGCAAGAGGGAGAGCGAGCCAGCACCAGAGGAAGGGGAGGGAGCGCGAACACUCAACAAGAUAACAGGAGAUACGCGUGGGAACAACAGCCCACUGCAAAGCAGAGGCACAGAUAGAAGGCAGAGACAGAGCAGGGGAGCCGGCGUGCAAAAGAUAAGACGUGCUGGUGUGUUACUGCGUGUGUUCGGUCUACGUUUGUGUGUUCCCACGGUUCUCCUGAGGCCGUGGCAGCCAUGGCGUCGGAGCCCAGCACCCAGUCCAGGGUGAUGUUCCAGACAGGAGACAAAACAGAGGAGCCGGCGCACCGCAAGCUGGGCAAGCUGACAGUCAAAUACAAUCGCAAGGACCUGCAGAGGAGGCUGGAUAUUGAGGAGUGGAUCGACGGGCAGCUGCACCUGCUGUUUGACUGUGAGGAGGAAGAGAUCCCAGAGUUAGAGAUUGACAUAGACGAGCUGCUGGAGCUGUCGGACGAGGGGCAGAGAACCCGGCUGCAGGAGUUGUUGCAGGAGUGUGGAAAGCCAAAAGAGGAUUUUAUCAACGGGCUGCUGUACAGGAUAAAGGGCCUACGCAAAAUGUCGGGGCCCUUGAAGAAAUAAUAUUAGGUCAAAUCAAGAAUUGAGACAAUGUGGAGCCUCUCACCUCCCGAGCAGUAACUAUUUUGGAUGUCUGUAUGUGAGGUUACGUGUCAGUGGGACCCUCUUCCUGCACACAUGGGUCAGUCUAACACCAGAGCAGUUGGUUUUGAUUAAGAUUUUUUUUAUUUGACUUUUAUUUAUGGACAGCUAUAACUUUUUGACUCCCCCUCAACAUACCAAUAAUGCACCUGUGAUAAAGAUGUAUUGACUAUUACUCAGAUGGACUUUUUUUUUUGGUGUAAGAUUGUACAUUUUUGGUUGUCUAUUUAUGUACAUAAAUAUUUUUGUUCUGAUAACAGUGUUGUAUGUCAAAAUAAAAGAGAACGUUUUCAAGACAA